AUGGCUAGUGCUGCGAAGGCAGCUGUAGAGGCUGUCCAAGACGGCGUGAAGAAGCUUGCGGUGAAGGAAGGCUCGACAAAUGUGCUGGAGAGACGGUUGUUCUUCAUCCCCUCGUUCAAGAUCUACGGCAGCGUGGCGGGCUUCUAUGAUUUCGGUCCCCCCGGAUGCGCAAUCAAGCAGAACGUCACACAGCUCUGGAGGCAACACUUCAUCCUGGAGGAGUCCAUGCUCGAGGUGGAGUGCCCUGCGGUCACGCCCGAGGCGGUGCUGAAGGCGAGCGGCCACGUGGACCGCUUCACGGAUUUUAUGGUGACAGACGCAAAGACUGGCGACUGCCACAGGGCAGACCAUCUGCUGAAGGCAGCGCUUGAAGCGCUGCUCGAAGACCCCAAGGCCGGCCUCAUGCCAGAGAAGAAGUCGGAGGCGGAGGAUGUGCUGGCGCGCAUAGACGAGCUGGACGGCCCCGGCCUGGGUGCAGCGCUGACAAAGUAUGGCGUGAAGGCGCCCGAGACAAAGAAUGACAUCUCAGCGCCGUUUCCGUUCAACUUGAUGUUCAAAACUUCCAUAGGCCCCAAGGGCGACACCGUCGGCUACUUGCGGCCUGAGACCGCGCAGGGCAUCUUUGUCAACUUCAAGGACCUUCUGUACUACAACGGCGGCAAGCUGCCAUUCGCAGCUGCGCAGAUCGGCCAGUCGUACCGGAACGAGAUUUCGCCGCGCGCCGGCCUCCUGCGCGUGCGCGAAUUCACCCAGGCGGAGAUCGAGCACUUUGUCAAUCCCGAUGACAAGGACCACCCCAAAUUCGCGAGCGUGCAGGACGUCACUCCGCUACUGUUCAGCUGUGCUCUGCAGACCAACGAGGCCAAGCGGCCAGAGGCAAUGAGCCUGGGCGAUGCAGUAGCGCAGAAGAUUAUCGCCAACCAGACACUGGCUUACUUCAUAGGCCGCACCUACCUCUUCCUGGUGGGCAUAGGCAUCGCCUCCGAGCGGCUGCGCUUCCGGCAGCACUUACCCAAUGAGAUGGCGCACUACGCAGAAGACUGCUGGGACGCUGAGGUGGAGUGCUCCUAUGGCUGGGUUGAGUGCGUAGGCCUUGCAGACCGGUCAGCCUACGACCUGCGGGCGCACAGCGCAGCCAGCAAGACUCCGCUGGAAGCGUACGAGAAGUUUGCAGAGCCGCGAUACGAACAGGUGCUGGUGGCCAAGCCCAACAAGGCGGCCAUCGGCAAGCAGUUCAAGAAGGAGGGCAAGCCGCUGCAAGAAUCCCUGGAUGCUCUCACUCAGGAGGACGCUGCAUGCAUAAAGAAGAGUUUCGAUGAGGGGAAGCCGGCGACGGUGUCGGCUGGCGGCCGGGACUUUGAGGUGACCCCUGCGCUGCUGGACAUCAAGCAGGAGGAGCAGAAGCUGAGCGGCAGGAAAUUCACCCCGUCCGUCAUCGAGCCCUCGUUUGGCAUCGGCAGGAUCAUCUACUGCAUGUUUGAGCACGCCUACUAUGCGCGCGAGAGCAACGAGGACAAGAGCGUCUUCAGGUUCAAGGCGGCUGUGGCACCCCUGAAGGCGGCGGUGUUCCCUCUGGUGCAGCAACCGGAGCUCAACGCGACCGCGCGCUCCAUCUCGGCCGCACUAACGCGCGCAGGCCUCGCCAACACCGUCGACACCACAGGCACGACGAUCGGCAAGAGGUACGCGCGCACAGACGAGCUCGGCGUGCCGUAUGACAUAACGGUUGACCGGACCACCAUCGAUGGCGAUGGCAGCGUGACACUGCGCGAGCGCGACACUACCGCUCAGGUGAGGGUACACCAGGAUGCAGUGGCAGAGCUGGUGCAGCAGCUGGUCACUGGCGCAGUGACAUGGCAGAUGGUGCUGGACACGCACCCAGCCCAGCAGCCAGCUGCAGAAGACAACACCUGAUCUUCACGGCAUUGC